AUGAGCGUUGGCCUCAAGGAUUUGAAACCAAAAACCCCAAGGACGAACAGAGCCUCCCGAGAGGUCGUGGUGGCCGAGAGGUCGUGGUCGUGCAGAGUUGCUCCGUCGACUCCACUGAACACAAAAAUUAAAGAGGCCACCUCGUGUGACUGUCUUCUCAAAGGACCGAAAAGAAUCGAGAUGGGCACCGCGACGAAACGAGCACAAACUGGCUCGCCCACCUACUUCAAGCCGGCCCCAUCCGAGAUCAACUACGGGAAGAUGCGUUUCCUCAUCACCGAUCGCCCCUCUGACGCCACGAUCAACAAUUUCAUUGAGGAGCUCGAGAAGCACAAGGCGUGCGCAGUUGUGCGGGUAUGCGAGCCGUCGUACGAGGUGACCCCGUUGAAGACGCAUGGCAUCGAUGUGCUCGACUGGGAGUUUAAUGACGGAUCCCCGCCACCACCAGAGGUGAUUCAAAAAUGGCUAAACCUUGCCAAGCAACUCUUCCGCGAUCAGCCUGAUGCGUGCAUCGCUGUGCACUGUGUCGCCGGGCUGGGAAGGGCGCCGGUUUUGGUGGCAUUGGCGCUGAUCGAGGCUGGGAUGAAGUACGAGGAUGCGGUCGAGUUGAUCAGAACGCAACGCCGCGGCGCGCUCAACCAGAAGCAGUUGACCUUCCUCGAGAAAUAUAAACCGUCCGGCGAGCUGCGAAAGCUCCGAUACACCGUCGACGGAAAGCACAAAGCGUGUUGCAUUCAG